AUGGGAGUACCAUCUGUGUCUACAAAUCUUUCCGGUUUCGGUUGUUUCAUUCAGCAAAACGUAAUGGAUGCCGCAUCAUAUGGUAUUUACGUGAUUGAUCGUCGGUUCAAAGAUUGUGAAGGUUCAAUACGUGAUUUAGCACAAGUAUUAUACGACUUUUGCGGGCUUUCACGGCGUCAACGUAUCAUAAUGCGUAAUCGUACAGAACGAUUAAGUGAACUGUUAGAUUGGAGAAGUUUGGGAGUAUUUUACAGAGAUGCACGAAGGAUGGCAUUGGAAAGAUUACAUCCAAAUGUGGAUGAAAUAAUCGAUAAUAAUAUUGGGAAAGUACCAUCAGCUUCACAAAGUCGUUGGCCAAGCCCUUCUGAUACCAGCGAAAGUGAUGAAUAA